AUUGACUACACGAUUGCUGUUUCCUCUUUCUGCUACCACUGCUUGAUUGCCGUACAACACCGCCGCGGUGGCGCUCCGUUGCUCGCCAGCAGUCAUCCCACGACGUGUCGGUGACAGCGGCGGGAAGCAAGUAUUUUCAUCUUCAUCAUAUUUGUGCCGUCAUACACAAAAAACCCUUCUUAAGCCUCUCACCUCUCUGUCUAUAUAUCUGCGACUGCGAGAGGCAAUAGAAGGUUUUGGGGGCUGAUCAGCUACGUUUAUGCGUGAGUGGUUUGAUAGCAGGAUACUGGAAUAAUUCACAAGGGUAUUGUAGAUGGCAAAGUGCUGGUGGUAAGUUGGUGAGAUAAUCCAUAGCAUGGCAGCUCUGUUGUGACUUGUAUCUGAGUUUGUAGCUAUACCACUAUGGCAUUGACAGAGAAGGACGUUGGAGGAGGGAAAGAGAAGGGUCGAAUUGAAGAUAAUGGUUUCCUGAAAGCAGUCGAGCCGUCCUUAGGUGUCAACAAUUCAAUGGCAUCUGCUAAUCCAAUAGAAAAGAGUUACGAGGGGAAGGAUGCACUUGGUUAUGCCAAUGUUCUUCGCUCCAGAAACAAAUUCGUGGAAGCUCUUGUUAUAUAUGAAAGUGUACUAGAGAAAGAUAAUGGAAAUGUUGAGGCCCAUAUCGGCAAAGGAAUUUGCUUACAGAUGCAAAAUAUGGGAAGACAGUCUUUUGAGAGCUUUUCUGAAGCUGUCAAGUUAGACCCACAAAAUGCAUGUGCACUCACCCACUGUGGUAUCUUGUAUAAAGAUGAAGGUCGAUUGGUGGAGGCUGCUGAGUCGUACCGUAAGGCUCUGGAGGCAGAUCCAUCAUACAAGCCAGCAGCAGAAUGCCUGUCCAUUGUGCUAACAGAUAUUGGAACCAGUUUAAAGCUUGCUGGCAACACCCAGGAGGGAAUUCAGAAGUAUUAUGAUGCUAUCAAGAUUGAUCCUCACUAUGCUCCUGCAUAUUACAACCUUGGCGUUGUAUAUUCAGAAAUGAUGCAAUAUGAUACAGCACUUAAUUGCUAUGAGAAGGCUGCUUUGGAGAGGCCAAUGUACGCUGAAGCAUAUUGUAACAUGGGUGUAAUUUAUAAAAACCGUGGAGAUUUGGAGUCAGCUAUUGCUUGUUAUGAGAGGUGUCUGGCUGUGUCGCCAAACUUUGAGAUUGCUAAGAAUAACAUGGCAAUUGCUUUGACAGAUUUAGGCACAAAGGUCAAAUUGGAAGGAGAUAUUAACCAAGGCGUGGCAUAUUACAAAAGAGCUCUGUACUAUAACUGGCAUUACGCAGAUGCCAUGUACAAUCUGGGGGUUGCUUAUGGGGAAAUGCUGAAGUUUGAAAUGGCAAUUGUAUUCUAUGAACUUGCUUUCCACUUCAAUCCCCAUUGUGCAGAGGCAUGCAAUAAUCUUGGAGUUAUUUAUAAAGAUCGUGACAACCUUGAUAAAGCUGUAGACUGUUAUCAGUUGGCUUUGUCAAUUAAACCCAAUUUCUCCCAGUCGUUGAACAACCUUGGAGUAGUCUACACGGUGCAGGGUAAGAUGGAUGCUGCCGCUAGCAUGAUAGAGAAAGCAAUUGUGGCCAAUCCCACUUAUGCGGAAGCUUACAAUAAUUUAGGGGUUCUUUACAGAGAUGCUGGGAGUAUAUCUUUGGCUAUUGAAGCAUAUGAGCAGUGCCUUAAGAUAGACCUAGAUUCUCGCAAUGCAGGCCAGAAUCGAUUACUUGCGAUGAACUACAUUAACGAGGGAACAGAUGAGAAACUAUUUGAAGCUCACAGGGACUGGGGCCGGCGCUUCAUGAGAUUAUAUCCUCAAUAUACUACAUGGGACAAUCCAAAAGAUCCAGAAAGACCACUUGUAAUUGGAUAUGUGUCUCCUGAUUAUUUUACGCACUCCGUAUCGUAUUUCAUUGAAGCACCUCUUAUCUAUCACGACUAUGUUAAGUAUAAAGUAGUCGUUUACUCGGCGGUUGUUAAGGCAGAUGCAAAAACUAUUAAGUUCAGGGAUAGAGUUUUAAAAAGAGGUGGCAUAUGGAGAGAUAUCUAUGGAAUUGAUGAGAAGAAGGUUGCAAGCAUGGUUCGAGAAGAUAAAGUUGAUAUUUUGGUGGAACUUACUGGUCAUACUGCUAAUAAUAAGCUGGGUAUGAUGGCUUGCCGGCCUGCACCUCUUCAGGUGACUUGGAUUGGGUACCCAAAUACCACUGGUUUGCCUACUAUUGACUAUCGAAUCACUGAUGCCCUGGCUGACCCUCCUGAUACAAAGCAGAAGCAUGUUGAGGACCUAGUUCGGCUACCAGAGUGCUUUCUUUGUUAUACACCAUCUCCUGAGGCUGGUCCUGCAUCACCAGCACCUGCUCUUUCCAAUGGCUUUAUUACAUUUGGUAGUUUCAACAAUUUAGCGAAGAUAACUCCGAAAGUGCUUCAAGUUUGGGCCAAAAUUUUAUGCGCAGUUCCAAAUUCUCGGCUUAUUGUGAAGUGCAAGCCUUUCUGCUGUGAUAGUGUAAGACAGAGAUUUCUCUCAACAUUGGAGCAGUUGGGUUUGGAAUCAUUACGUGUUGAUCUUUUGCCCUUGAUUCUACUGAACCAUGACCAUAUGCAAGCAUAUUCUCUUAUGGACAUUAGCUUGGAUACUUUUCCAUAUGCUGGAACUACCACCACAUGUGAAUCCCUUUAUAUGGGAGUUCCAUGUGUCACCAUGGGUGGCUCAGUACAUGCACAUAACGUUGGUGUGAGCCUUUUAACUGCAGUUGGAUUAGAACACUUGGUUGCCAAGAGUGAAGAUGAGUAUAUCCGAUUGGCGCUAGAAUUGGCUUCUGAUGUUAUGGCACUUUCAAAUCUGAGAAUGGAUCUGCGGAACCUUAUGUCCAAGUCCCCUCUGUGCAAUGGAUCCAAAUUCAUGAUUGGGUUAGAGUCUGCUUAUCGGGAUAUAUGGCGAAGGUACUGUAAAGGUGAGGUUCCAUCUUUAAAGCGAGUGGAGAUGCUUCAGAAACAAGCACCACAGGUUACCUCUAAAGAUGAGCCUUUUAAGGAAAAUGGAUCGAAUUUAGGUCCUCCACGUUUGUUAAUUUCAGAAAACGGUAGUGAGUCAAAGUCAAAGCAGACUUCAAGCUCAGGUUAGUCAACGUGAUGUAGGAUUGGGAUGAUAUAUAUACACGAUCUCUCUGUCUGUCUGUCUGUUUUUAUAGUAGUGAGUGAGUCUAGACCAUUCUGCUGUGUGGGAAGAAAAACCUUUUAUAUGAUAUAUGU